CGUGUGACGCCAUGACGCAGACGCACAGAGCCUGUGCUGAAGUGGCGCCGGGAACGGUAGCGGCCUUUCCGCCGGCGGAAGGUUACAGGGACAAGCUGGCCCCAGCCUGCCAGCAAUGAGCCACUAUCUGGAUCGCCAGUGCACCUUCGCCAUCCUGGUGGCCUCGCAGCUGCUCUUCCUGGUCUACUACUCCUUCGGGGGCCUCCACAACAUCACCAGCUUUUUCAGCUGGACUGGCCAGCCCAUCUGGGACUACACCAAAACUCACGACGUCUACACCAACCUCAGCCUGAUCCAGCAGCCCCUCUCAGGGACAGACAGAUUGCCAAACUGCCCAAAGAAGUCCCCCUACUUGGUCGGUCCACUCAGUAUCCAGUUUGAUCUGGUCCCAGCACUUGCGGUGAUCGAGGCCAGGAACCCGCUCGUGCGGGCAGGUGGGUUUUACUCUCCCCCGAACUGUGUCCCUCAGCACCGCACGGCCGUUAUCGUGCCCCAUCGCAACAGGGAGGCUCACCUCCGCCACUUCCUCUACUACCUGCACCCCUUUCUGCAGCGGCAGCAACUCCAGUACGGCAUCUAUAUCAUCCACCAGGCAGGGAACCAGACUUUCAACAGGGCGAAGCUGCUCAACGUUGGGGUGAAAGAGGCAUUACGAGGAGAAUGGGAUUGUCUCUUCCUCCACGAUAUCGACCUGAUUCCAGAGAAUGACCACAACCUCUAUGUUUGUGACUCCGAAAAUCCUAAGCACGUGUCCAUUGCUAUGAACAAGUUCGGGUACAGGCUUCCAUACAAGACUUACUUUGGUGGAGUAUCAGCAGUAACGCCAGAACAGUAUCUCCAGAUGAAUGGCUUCCCCAAUGAAUACUGGGGCUGGGGUGGAGAGGAUGAUGACAUCGCCACCAGGCUGCAUUUGGCUGGUAUGAGGAUCUCUCGCCCAGCCCUGUCUCUGGGCCGCUACAAGAUGAUCAAACACAAAUUGGACCAGGGUAACGAAGAGAAUCCCAAAAGGUUUGACCUUUUGUUCCGGACCCGGCGAUCCUGGAGACAGGAUGGGAUGAACUCCCUGACCUACGAGACGCUGAGCCGGCAACGGUUGCCUUUGUUCACCAACAUCACUGCCGACAUCGGCCCAGGCCCCAGUGCAACGGGCAGCAGUCAGCGAGUGCCACCAGCCCAGAGUGCCAUGCGGCAAGAGGCUGGAGCCAGCAGAGCAGUAGGAGGCACGUGACCAUCUGUGCGAGAGGACACCGCCUCUCUUCCCCCCCCCCCCCCCCCACCAACUCCCAACCAACCUACCCCCACGCACAAGACCACUGACCGAAUUUAUCACAAGACUCGAGAGAGAUUUGGGAUGGUGUUGGGAUUGAUUCUGCUCCCCUCUCAAUUGGUGGCGUCCUUCGCCUUCAUAGCAGUUUUGUGUGUGUGUGUGUGUGUGUGUGUGUACGCACAGCGACAAUUGUAGGUGCACAUGCAGAGUGACUCCCGGCCCGCUCCGUCUCAAAGCCAAGCCCAGAAGGGGGUUCAGCUGGGUCCCCCAGUGACGUCCCCCUCGGGCAGAAAUGGGACGGGUCUCGGGGUGGUACUUGGUUUGUGUUGAAGCUGGGUGGGGCUGGAGGCUUGUACGUAGAUGGAGUGCGACUGUGUCUGUAUUUAAAUAGUGGAGGGUGGUGCCUGUGUUUGAACCAAUCACACUAACAUUUGUACUGAAUGGAUUGUGGCAGUGUUUGUAUUUCAAUUGUGUGGGGCAACACACGUGUUGGUGAGUGAGCGGGCUGGUGUGUGUGUGUGUGUGUGUUUAAAAAUACAAAAUGUGCUUUAAAUCUGUUCUUGAUUUUCUAGUGAAAUUCACUAUUACCAAUUUCUGGAAAUAAAUAGUCUAAUUUUUAUAAUA